AUGUUACUGAAGGGGCUUUUGAAGGAUCACCCUUUUGGGGAGGAGACAACGAGGAACUUUCAGGACGCCAGCUUAAAACUGAGGGAGGAAUGGACAUUUGCUCUCGCUCUGGCUUUUCAACUUAGCCUUGGCAGUGCACACAGGGUAACAGAACAGAUUUGUGCUAUGUUUGAUCAGCAUCCGAAUGAUCAGUUUUCUUUUGGUCCUGCUGAUGCAAAAGUGUGCUUCUUGAAAAGGCAUCACUUUCAGGGACUGCAGUUUGCAAAAUGGGUGCCUGUGAAUCCUUAUCAUUUUCUUAUCAUCUGUGGAGUGAGAUACAAGCUAUCUCAAUCCCAGCAUGCAAAAGGAACAAUGACCACGUCGGCAGUGAAGGCGCUCAACCCCAAAGCCGAGGUGGCUCGGGCCCAAGCGGCGCUGGCCUUGAACAUCAGCAUGGCUCGGGUACUGCAGCACGUAAUGAGGACCAACCUGGGGCCCAAGGGCACCAUGAAGAUGCUUGUUUCCGGUGCGGGAGACAUCAAGCGCACCAAGCAUGGCAACGUCCUGUUACACGAGAUGCAAAUUCAGCACCCAACACCCUCCUUGAUAGCAAAAGUGGCUAUAGCCCAAGAUGACAUUACUGGCGAUGGCACCACUUCAAAUGUUCUCAUCAUUGGAGAGCUGCUGAAGCAGGCGGAUCUCUACAUCUCUGAAGGUCUGCACCCUCGAAUCAUCACAGAAGGGUUUGAAGCUGCCAACAAGGCCCUCAAAGUCUUGGAUCAGACAAAAAUAAGCAAGGAAAUAGAUCGAGAAAUCCUCAUUCAUGUGGCACGGACAUCCCUGCACACCAAAGUCAAUGCCGACCUGGCCGACGUGCUGACAGAGGCGGUGGUAGACUCAGUGUUGGCUAUCAGGAAGCCAGGUGAACCUGUCUAUCUUUUCAUGGUAGAGAUCAUGGAGAUGAAGCAUAAAUCAGAAACUGACACAACGGAAGUGAAUUCUGGAUUUUUUUACAAAAGUGCAGAGGAGAGAGAGAAACUACUAAAAGCCGAAAGGAAAUUCAUUGAAGAUAGAGUAAAGAAAAUAGUGGAACUGAAAAGAAAAGUGUGUGGUAAUUCAGACAAAGUAUUUGUUGUUAUUAAUCAAAAGGGAAUUGACCCGUUUUCUUUAGAUGCUCUUGCAAAAGAAGGCAUAGGCAGAGCAAAAAGAAGAAAUAUGGAGAGGUUGACUCUUGCAUAUGGUGGGAUUGCCAUGAAUUCUCUAGAUGACCUAAGUGCUGAUUGUUUGGGACAUGCAGGACUUGUCUAUGAAUAUGCACUGAGAGAAGAGAAAUUCACCUUUAUUGAAAAAUGUGGCAACCCUCCAUCUGUCACACUGUUGAUCAAAGGACCAAAUAAGCAUGCAAUUACACAGAUCAAGGACGCAGUAAGAGACAGUCUGAGAGCUGUCAAGAAUGCCAUUGAAGAUGGCUGUGUGGUUCCUGGUGCUGGCGCAGUGGAUGUAACUAUAGCCGAAGCUCUUAUCCAACAUAAGCCCAAUAUCAACGGAAGGGACCGUCUUGGAGUGCAAGUUUUUGCUGACGCAUUGCUCAUUAUUCCCAAGGUUCUGGCUCAAAACUCUAGCUUUGACCUUCAGGAGACACUAGUUAAGUUACAGGCCGAACAUUUGGAGUCAGGACAGCUUGUUGGUGUUGACCUAAAGACAGGUGAGCCAGUUAAUGUGGCUGAAGCUGGCAUCUGGGAUAACUAUUAUGUCAAGAAGCAGCUGCUUCACUCUUGCACUGUGAUUGCCACCAAUAUUCUCCUGGUUGAUGAGAUCAUGAAUUCUGGAAUGUCUUCUCUGAAAGGUUGA